AUGAAGUCCUGGCUUUUCUUCUCAUCCCCUUUUGCCUUCUUUGUUUUCAUGAACAUUCCUUUAGCCUCAAGCAUUGAUGGGUACACAAGUUGUAGCAACAAGUUCAACUGUGGAGAGAUCACAAACGUUGGUUUUCCUUUCUGGGGAUACGGCAGGCCAGAGAGUUGUGGCUAUCCAGAACUGAAGCUCACAUGUUCCGAGAAUGUCACCGCUAUAGGGAUUAUGGGGGUCCAAUACAGAGUGUUGAAGAUAAACCAAGAAGCUGAAGAAACACUCAAACUUGUGAGAGAUGACUACUAUGACAAAAUUUGUUCUCCAAAGUUUGGGGACACCAAACUGAAUUCCAAUCUUUUCGACUAUGUUUCAGGCUCCGUCGAUGUUAAAUUACUGUAUAAUUGUACUUCUAGCUCACAAGGUGACUACAGUUGCCCCAACGGUGAAACUUAUGGUGAUGUGGCCGCCGUACCUGCAGCUGUUCCGGGGUCUCUCAUGUGUAAAUCAAAGGUGGUGAUUCGGAUUCCGGAGGCAAUGAGUUUCAGUUUGUUUGGUUUAGAGAAUGUUGAACAGGCAGUCAGAGAAGGAUUUGAGGUGAAGUAUAAGGUGGACAGUGCAAAAUGUGAUGAGUGUGUUGGUUCAAAGGGUGUUUGUGGUUAUGAUUGGGAUUUGAAUGAGACUGUUUGCCAUUGCGCGAAUCAAAGUUCUGCGUCCCCGAUUUGUUCUGCCACAGAAGAGGCCAUAGACAAUCCAAAAUUGCCAUCAGCUAAAGGUACGAGCUAUGAACCCAAAUAA